AUGGCGAAUAUACGGAGUGAGGUGCUCUCCCCGUUCCGGUCGGUGCGGAUGUUCUUCUACCUCGCGUUCAUGGCCAGCGGCACGCUGGGGGGGCUCAUCGCGCUCGCGCGGCUCCUCCCGGCGCUGUCCGUGUCCGACCCCGCGCUGGCGGCGGGCGCGGCCGACACGCUCAAGGGCCUGGGCAUCGACGUCGCGGCCGUCUCGCUCUUCGCCUUCCUCUACUCGCGCGAGAGCAAGGCCAAGGACGCCCAGGUGGCCAGGCUCGCGCGGGAGGAGCGCCUGUCCAGGCUCAGGCUCCGCGUCGGCGCCGGCGCCGGCGCCGAGGGCGCGGGCGCGGGCAGCAGCAGGCCGUUCACGCUCAGCGAGCUGCGGGGCACCGCGCGGCUCGUCAUCGUGGCGGGCCCCGCGGAGUUCGUCGCCGAGUCGUUCCGCAGGAGCCAGCCGUUCCUGAGGGAGCUCGCGGAGAGGGCCGUGCUGGCGGUGCCCUUCGCCACGGACGGCAGCACGCCCGAGCUGCGGCUCGACGGCAGCGGCGAGGACGGCGUCGACGACGACGACGACGUUGCCAGGAGGAGCAAGAGGCUCUGGCAGCUCACGCCGGUGUACAUAACUGAAUGGGCGCAAUGGUUAGACGAUCAAAAGAAGCUGGCCGGCGUGCCAUCUGAUUCCCCCGUGUACCUCUCCCUCCGGAUGGACGGGCGCGUCCGCGGCAGCGGCGUGGGGUACCCGCCGUGGCAAGCGUUCGUGGCGCAGCUGCCGCCGGUGAAAGGGAUGUGGUCGGGUCUUCUCGACGGGAUGGACGGCAGGGUGCUCUAG